GAGUACGGCCGAGUGGCGCUUUUCAGUUCUUUCCAUAACGCAAGUCUCCGUCAGAGGGAGAUACAGCUAUAGUGCCUCUUUCGCAGACCUUCAGUCUGUCUAGCUAACCUCCCCGAGCGGAGGCGUGACGAAGAACGCCAUAAAUAACGAGUGCGAGGGAGACAGAUAGAAAAACGUUGCGCUCUCGCUAAUAACCGUCGUCGACGGAACGGCGUGAAGGUGGCGAGAGAGAGAGAGAGUCAGAGAGAAAGAGAGAGCGCCAUGCCAGUGUAAAUAUCGUCGGAAAGAAGCAGCAGUGAACGCGCGUCGCGUGUGUACCUAUAUAUGUGUGAAAAAUCCGUUACGAGGGAGAAAAAGCAUACGUCCCUUGGUGUUCAGUGCGGUGCUGCUCCGGAAGAGAGAAAGCUCCGAGAAUAUUAAUAACAAGCGAAGUAAAGUGUCCCGUGAGGAGCUGGCUGUAUAUGGUGGUUGCUCGGGCGGCCGCAGAACCGCGGCCUCGAUGACGCGAGAUUAUGCAUCAGCGGCCCAGCAGCUGAGGAGAUUCGACAACCUCGUCGCCGGGAGCUGUUUCUCGUAACGCUCAAGGAGCUGCCGCUGCUCUUCGCCCGUCGCUUCGCCAAGAGGAGGAGGAGGUGGACAAAGUCUCCGGCAGCAGCAGCAGUGCGGCCAAAAUGGAAGAGCAGAGCGUGCACAGCAGUACCAGCGAUAUAAAUAGUGAGGAGGCCGUCAAGACUGAAUAUCUAAUUAUACCUCGCAAAAAGAGGAUAUGCCUCGUUGGUGCAGCCAGUGAGGAUCCUGCAUUAGGUGCUGCAGCUCAGCAGUUCAACGUUCCAGUUCUUAAGUCAGAGACUGGUGUAGAAUAUAUAGAAGAUACAACCUACUGCACUUAUUUUAUACUCAAGCAAUUUGAAGGAGUCGAAUAUGACAACUUACGCAAAAGUGCACACAGGAUUUUGGGGCCAACAGCUUUAUUACAGCUGGCGGAGAAGAAGGAAUCGUUACCUAGUAUUAACAGACCAAUGUACACACAGUCUAUGCUAGGUACUGUUGUUGCAUUUACAGGCUUCAGGAAAAAAGAAGAAUUGACCAAACUCAUCAACAUGAUUCAUCACAUGGGUGGCAGCAUUAGGAAAGAAAUGGGGUUAAAAGUGACGCACCUCAUCGCGAAUUGCUGUGGAGGUGAAAAAUAUAGAUAUGCAGUAACAUUUCGAGUGCCCGUCAUGUCUAGUGAUUGGGUGUCUGCAUUGUGGGAUAUGAGGGACAGUCUUUCCAGCUGCAGCGGUAACAAUGAAGAAUUGGUCGCCAAUUUCAAACUGAAGCCAUUCUUUGGGGCCCGUGUUUGCUUCUUUGGAUUUCCCGAGGAUGAGAAGAGACACAUGUGCGAGGUGCUGCAGCAGCAAGGAGGGGAACCUACAGAGAUAACCGAUCCAAAUUGUACCCACGUGGUAACAGACUUAGGCAAGCAUCGCUAUAGGAUUACCAACAGCGCAAAAAACCCGCUGCCAUACUUAAGGUUUUCCAACGACACUCUUCAGCUUGAAUUAGCUCUCGCCAACAAGUCCCUGUCAUACUCCUUUGAAUAUUACGAUCCUUACACCAACACCAUACCCUCGCCCGCAAAAUCGAUCUUCGCGUCGCGCCUUCUCAGCAUGGGUAAGCGCAAGUUCCAACAUGACGACGACAAGCCAACUCACGAGAACGUCAGCCAAGAUUCGGCCAUUUGUAUGGACUACUCCAACGACUUGCCCAGUCCAAACAGCGAACCCGCAGCUAUGACGUUCGAGGAAAUCAGCGAGGAGGACGAGGAGACCAUGGACCGAACGCUGAGCAUUGGAGAGUCUUCCGAGGAUUUAUGGACUGACGGAACAAUGGAUGUCGACUCUGGUAUCGACGAUGUCAGAACGAUGAGAAAGUCUGUGUCACUAAUUUCCAAGUACGAGCACGGUAAAAUCUACGGCACCAAUACACUUGCCGGUAAGAAGCACACGCCCUUGAAGAACGUGCAGUCCUGUUCGCUCAUCGCAUUUAACAGCAGUGGCAAGAAAGUUGCAACUCCACGUCGUUACAUCCGUUGGAAGAGAUCUUCGUCACAUACCGGAACACCUAAUAAGCAACUAACCAGCUGUGCAAGUGAGCCCAAGCUACGAACCCACGUAACCAAGAGACACAGCUACCAGACGGCCAGCGUAACAUUCAGCGACAGCGUAAACUACUUAAACGCGUCCGCGGGCGAGGGCAAAAAAACAAAAACUCGCAAAAGCUCGAAAACACUGACUAAGGCUCUCAAGCAGAGCUCCGCGUUAUUCUCGAAAAUCAGCGAGAUUGUCUUUCCCUCCACCUUCAAGCAGUACAUGCCGGUGACGCCUUGCCGACCGAGUCAGCAACAACGACGAGAGGAUGACUGUGUCACCAGGCAGAAAUAUACACCAUUACCUAGUCCGUUGCCGGUCCCGGCGAAAAUGGCCAGGUUGGGAUCGGAUUCGGACUGCAAAGUCAGGGUCUCACAGCAGCAGCAGGAGACACAGUGCGUCUCGGUGACAGAUUUAACAGCGCAGAAGAAUUUGACUCCGAAGUGUGCCAGAAACAUCAAAAGAGCGCCAGAGAAGUCCUUUCUAGUGGUUGUAGACGAAUCUAACGUCAACGCGUUACCUGAUCUUGCAUCUGCAAGAGCACACAUAGUUAAGGCUGAAUGGUUCUGGACCUCUGUGCAAAAUGAAGGUGCAGCCGAUGAAAAAGACUACCUGUUUGAAGAUUACCUGGAACAAGUCAUGUCGCCGUCAGCCUCGGCACGGCGGGACAGCCAACAAGCAGCGACGCCGACAACGGCUUCCACGAGACGGAAACGUAAGCGACUCGCGGAAACGUUGUCGAGUCUGGUACAAAAUGGUGCGGAUUCACCAGCCUUACACAAAAGACGUUCGAGCAUAAGCGACGCAGGUCAUCUAAGCGUUAGCGGUAGCUUCCUGGACUGCACUGCAAGUCCCGAUAAACAAUUACUAGAUGAGGUAGAGGCUGUGAACACAGAUAGUGCGAGGAAAAAUCUUUCUCCACGCCAUCAAGUCUUUUUAGAACUUGUACAGACGGAAUCGAAUUACGUCGGCAUUCUUAGCACCAUCAUGACUCUGUUCAAAUCGCCACUAGAAGAUCUUAUUGAAACAAGUGGAGAAUUACUAAAUAGUACAGAAGCCAAAAUCAUCUUCGGUAAUUUUCCACCGAUUUACGAGGUGCAUAAACAGAUGCUCGAAGAGCUGCGCUUUUGCGCGAAUCACUGGUCAGAAGAAAAUAGCAUAGGAAACAUAUUUUUAAAAUUUGCAUCAGAUUUGGUGAAGGCGUAUCCUCCUUACGUGAACUUCUUUGAAAAUACAAAGGAAAUGCUGGAUCAGUGCGAUCAAAACAAGCCCAGGUUUCAUGCUUUUCUCAAAAUCUGCCAAACUAAGCCUGAAUGCGGUAGACAAAGUUUGAAGGAACUGUUGAUUAAACCAGUGCAACGCCUUCCCAGUAUUAGUUUAUUGUUAAAUGAUAUCCUUAAGCAUACACAUAAGAGUAAUCCGGAUCACAGUGCCUUGGAAAAGUCAUUAAGUAGCAUUAAGGAAGUUAUGACGUAUAUCAAUGAAGAUAAACGAAAGACUGAGGGUCAGCUCGCAAUGUUUGAUAUAUUUAAUGAGAUCGACAAUUGUCCGCCGCAUCUGGUGUCCUCGCACCGCUCGUUCAUUGGCAAGUGCGACGUGCAGGAAUUGAGCGAGGGACUGAGCGGCCGUGGCGAUCAUCUCGUUUUCUUUUUGUUCACGGAUAUGCUCGAGAUCUGCAAGAAGCGAUCGAAGGCGUUUAACUCGAUGAAGAGUCCAAAUACGGUUAAUGGACUGCAUUCUGUCAAAAUGAGCCAGGUCAAGCCGUAUAAGCAUAUCAAAAUGUUGUCGUUAAGCACAGUUAAAAAGGUUGUGGAUAUUCGGGAAACAGAAGAGUGUCGAAACGUGUUUGCUUUAAUGGUUCGGAGUAAUCAAGAGUUGAAAGAAAAACUGUAUUCUUUCACAAUUACUGACGAGGAGGUGAAUAAAACAAAUUACCUGCGAACGUUGUGUCGACAAAUGGCCAAUACUGUUUGUAAAGCUGAUGCGGAUACGUUUCUUAUCAGUCUCGAUCACAGUCAGCUUGAAAUUGAUACUAGUGAUGUAGCCUUAGGAACUUUAAGUAAAGCAUUUAAGUUCGCAUCGCGCACGAGGAUGAAGGUGGGCCGAGCAUUCAGUUUCAACAAGACGCCGAGCAAGCUGAAGCGCGCUAUGUCAACGAUGAUGUCGCCGUUUGGUUCGACCAACAGUUUAACCCCGGCGAGUCAGCAACUUGCUCAAAUGAGGCUUGCCAGCUGCAAUAAUAUUAACGAACUGGGCAACGGUGGUUCGGGCUCACCGUCGCGAGACGAGGUUCUUGUUGCACCCAUGUCGGUCCAGCCGACGCGCAAGGCUAAAUGCAGUACCCUCAGUAUGGCCUCCCUUCGAAGGUUGUAACACGUACCCACUCGCACGUGCAUAUAUACAAUAAUAAUGUGUACAAAUAAGACGCUCGCAAAAGUACAGUCGCACACCUCAUGCACUUUCAGCCUAAUUGAUUGAACGCGUCAUGUGCACGCGCGUCUGUUUAACUUUUAUUCGCUUUAUCGCCUCUUGUCCUUUGUCAAAAGUCUUGUUGCCUAACUUGUGUUAUCAUGACUCGCUAAAGAGUAUCUGUAAAGUCACUGCCUUGAUGAGCAACGACGAGUAUUCAUGGUGUAGUAGUCACUUGAAUUUGCAGUAUUGAAUAUGCCUGGGAUUGGCUGUUUUACUACAUUGAUACUGCGUUUGGCUCUGAUCAGACAAGUCAUUUUACAGACUUUAAGUUAACGACGACAUUUAACUGCUACGUGCAUAAAUCAAUUCCAGCUAUUUAAUAAUACAUUUUGUAACCAGAUGACAAAGAUAAAAAUUAUCCGGAAUUCAUCGAAUGCCGCUUUGUAAUAAAAUAUGCAUUCGAUUAAUUGCUGUAAAUUGACUCAUAAUUGCAUUAUUUUUGUCUUCUGGCACUGUGACUUAUUUCGUUUCAAAGUAUUCCAUAAUAUUGCAUUCAAAAAGCACGUAAUAUUUCGAAUUAAUUUUUGUAAUUUGUCCAAAAUCCUUAAUAUGGAGUAUGUCGAAAUGCAUAUGUCAACAGUACUACUUCAUGUUUGUGUCUGUUUUGUGCAAAAUUACAAUAGCGAAAUGUGUUUGCAUAAAAAUUGUUUAUUUUUCAGUUUUUGAACUCGCAGCCAAAUUGUAAUUACAAUAAUGGUAUUUAAUAUUGUGGAAAUAUUUCGUGUCAUCGAUUUGGGAAAGCUAAUUGAAAUCGUAAAAAAUUGCAGUAUAUAACUACUGAUAAAUUAAGGUAUAAGGCAAUUUUUGACAUUACAUUUUCCCAAACAAUCAAAGAAUUUAUAGUAUUACAUUUCAAUACUCUCGACAAUUUUUCUGAAAUUAUUAAUUUACAUUUUCAGAUUUUUGCGCGUUUUUACUAUUCUUAAAGUAGUGUUGUUAUAUUUUUCUAUACUAAUCUCUUAAACAUUAUUUAUGAGUUAGACAUAGUUUGUAGAUAUUUAUUUUAUAGAAAACAAUUGUCAUAAAUAAAAUAUUUUCGUUAAAUUUGCAUUGUAUGGUUCUGAAUGCAGACACUUUUCGUCUAUAUUUCUUGAGAAUAUGUAAAAGAUUGGUGCUUUAUCGAUAUUUAUAAUUACAUGCCGUUUGCAUGUAUCAAACAUAUCUACGAAAUUUUAUUUUUUGUUACAUAAUGUCUUGGUCGAUAAAGUAGUACUUUCGCAUAUUUUGAAACUUGCUACUAUUUUUGCGCAAGAUGCUAGCAUCUUACUCUCAUUCAUACAUAAAUAACCUAACGCAUUCGACUGUGUCUAAAUGUGUUCCUCAUAUAACAACGAUGCAGCAAUUAACACGUAUACGUUCAACUCAUAAAUGAUUGCUCUAUUUAUUACAAAUAUGAAUUAUAAAUGUAGUUCACAGCAUCUCGCUAUGGAAAAGUUUCUAAUUCCCUUAUUUUUCUUGUUACACAUUUUCUACCACUAAUGUAUUAACAAAAAUAUGACUGACAGCGAAUUUAUGUUCAUAAUAUAAGUCUGUGUUCGCUGGCGACUCUUUAAUGGCUAGUUUAUAAAUAUAUUAUUAGAGUAAUAUCGCGUAUGUAUUUUUGGGAUUGCACAAGCCAAAAAAUAUUUAUUUUAUACAAUAUUUUUAUUCAAGCUAUCGUCGAUGUGAAAGUAAUGAUUAUUCUAAACCUUCUCACCGAUUUUUUUAGCAUUAGAAGGGUCUUCUUGCUUGGUUAAAAAAAUAAGAUGCCUGACCAACUAAUACUUUAGUCAUGUUUGCCUUGCUUAAUACAAUUUAUUGUUAAAACUCUAACCGCGAAGUUGAUCUUUUAAUAUUCACGAAGGACGAAUUGAUCAUCGUGUACUUCUCUCUACUGACUAUAGAAAUUGCUCCGAGGAAGUCAUGCAGGACAAAUCUGAUCUCUGAGAAGAGAUGUUUUUAAUGGCGACAACAAUAAAGACAGCAAAGAGAUCGCUUGAGAAACAAGAUAUGCAUCGCCUUCGUUUUUUGUCGCAACUGCGAACCUGGACAACGAAGAAACAUCUAUUCCUCAGAUAUCUGCCAAUACAUACUAUACAACAUUUUUAAAUUUUUGUACUCUGAUGAAUUCGAUUAUUAUCGAAACUAUAAUAAUUGUUCUUCACUAAAGGUAUGCAUGUAUUUGCAGUGAAGUUUUUUUGGUUGCUUGUUUCAAGUACAGGCAUUUUUACAGAGAAAUGUAUAAAAUUUUUCGAAAUUUUUUAUCGUUGCCUCACUCUGUAUCAUACGAGAUGGAGACUGCCAUUUCUCGUUUGUUAUAGACGGUGAAGCCGUUGUAACAUUUUUAUGAAACUUUAUAAUGCCUUUUUUGUGAUCAAACUCACUGUUGUGAGAAUGGUUCGUUGUUUUUUUCUGUAAUUACAUUAAUAUUAUAGCUAUCAAAAGCUUUGUCUUCGUGUAUCUAUAACUUUUUUAUACAUAUUUUUGUCAUCGUAGUAUUGGUGUGUUACAGAAAAAAGCUUUUUUACUUGUUGCCAAACCUUGUAAGAGCGCGAAUGAGAAUGUUACAUGCAUCGAGAAUGAUACUUUUUAUAAACCAGUAGGUUGAUUCAAAGUGAAUAGAAUAUAGUGUUGCAUUAACUGUGCUGUUUUGUAAACAUGAUGAUUUACCUCAGGUGUAAUAUAAUCUUUAGCAAGAUGAAUUUUGUUAAAGUAACAGCCUUGAUGUUCGUCGACUAGUCUGGCUUUUCGAAUUCACAGUUAUCUACUCUAAAGCGGUCUGGCAGUUGACAGUGAGAACAAAUUAGGAAUUGAAUUCUUGUAAAGUUUUACAAGAAUCAAAAUUGACGUAGAAUCCUGUUGAAUUGUGCGACAUUAAUAUUAGGGCUUGUUCAGCGUGUUUACGAGAUUACGAAUGAUUAAGCCUCGUUCCUAAUAUUUUAGAAGAUACCGAAAGUUGAAUCAUCUCACGAUUUAGUUACUUUUAUCGAAUUAUUUACAUACAAAUUUUGACUAUCCUUCAGGUCUCAAGGAAUAUCUUGUAAAUUUUGAAUUCUUGCAUCCUUUAUCUUGUACAUACGUAAUUCCCAUGAAAGUCUGUCAUAACAAAGAAUAUUUUUUGUUUCAUAACGAAUUAUUUUAACAGGCUGCGUUGGCUAUCUCUUCUGAUUUGAUUACAAUACUUUCUUACCUAUGAAAGUAAGAAAUCAGUCAUUCAGAGUGAAUGAAAGCAUGCGAAAUUGAAAGGACGCAAUCAGUUUAAAAUAAUUCUAAAACCAUUGUAAAUACGAUAUAUAUAUACGAGCCAAGAACGUAAAAUCUUCUAGUAUGUAAAUUAGUAGUAUUUUUUAUCACGCACGAUAAGAGUAUGUCUGCGUUAAUUGUAAUACGGUUGGAAAACAACCCUGAUACUACACGUUGCCGCUAUAUUUAUAUCUUACACCUUGAUAGAUUGUAUAAACUUUAUAAUGUAAUCUCGAAAAAAGUGGUUCAUUCUUA